CUGUGUGAGUGUCUGUGUGUGUGUGUGUGUGUGCAUGUGUGCGUGUCUCUGCUUUGGUGGUGUCGGAAAUCGGACGACAUGAGCUCUACAUGGACCGCGUAAAAUGUUUUAAGACGCUUUCGGCGUUUGUCUUUCAUCCUUCUGAAUCGAGGACGAGCCUGAAGCGGAGCUACACAUCACGAGCAGGUGUAACACAGUCUUAAGCCUGAGAAGGCAGAAUGCCGGAGCAGAGCAACGACUAUCGUGUGGUGGUGUUUGGAGCAGGUGGAGUGGGGAAGAGCUCCCUGGUUCUACGUUUCGUGAAGGGUACUUUCAGGGACACCUACAUCCCCACAGUGGAGGAUACCUACCGCCAGGUGAUCAGCUGUGACAAGAGCGUAUGCACCCUCCAGAUCACAGACACAACAGGCAGCCACCAAUUCCCAGCCAUGCAACGUCUCUCCAUCUCCAAGGGCCACGCCUUCAUCCUGGUUUACUCCAUCACAAGCAAACAGUCCCUGGAGGAGCUCAAACCCAUUUAUCAACAGGUCUUGGCCAUUAAAGGAAAUGUUGAGGCUAUCCCCAUCAUGCUUGUGGGAAACAAGAGUGACGAGACCCAGCGAGAGGUGGAGACCAAGGACGGGGAGGCCCAGGCCAACCAGUGGAAGUGUGCUUUCAUGGAGACGUCGGCCAAGACCAACCACAAUGUCACCGAGCUCUUCCAGGAGCUCCUUAACCUGGACAAGAAGAGGAACAUGAGCCUCAACAUCGACGGCAAGCGCUCUGGGAAGCAGUCCCGUGCAGAGAGACUGAAGGGCAAAUGCAGCGUGAUGUAAAUCCAGAAGAGGAAGAGAGGGGAGGGAAGAAAGGGGUGGAGGAAAUACAGAUCAGGAGAGGUAAAGAAGGAAGACGAGACAGGAGACCCGCAAAAGGUAUCACUCAGAGCAAAAAUGUUUGGGAAUCUCAUCAUCCACAUCCUCCACUGCUUGGGUGGUGCAUUAAAAAACACAACAUACAUACAGGUUGGAACAUACAUCCAUAAGUGUUUGGCUAAAAGGAUGAAUAUCAAGAAAUGAAGUUGGAAACAGCAAGAGUUUGGAUGUGUGCAUCGUCCAAGUGCUACAAAACCUGUGCUUUGGCAAUAGUACAGGCCACAGACUGAGAUUGAAGGUCUCGGAUCCACUCAAAACAUUUAGCGUCUUCUUUCACUACUAGCCUGCCCUCCCUCCCUGCUCUGCUCACAUUUAAGCUCCCCUUCAACAUCCAAAAACCCUCAUCUUCUCCUCAUCCUUGGCAUAGCCACUAUUAUAACCAUAGAGAAAUGUAAUGUAGAUGUAACCAAGUUGAUAAAUUUAGUUAAGCUCGCUCAUCUGCUAAAAGCAUCAUUUUAACAGACUGAUGUGUCUGUCAUGCUCAUAUAUACAGGACUCCAACAUCUGAGACUGCAAGCAUGAACGCCACUCAGCAAAACAUACGAGCCAGCCACGUUACAGAGCCACAACAGGGGACUCUGAUGUAUAUAAACAUGGGGUAUUCACAUAUA